AUUCGCAACGGCAUCGCUCGGCACAACACCGACAACUCGAACCGUUCUAGGCAGGUCCUCGUAUUCGAUACCUAUCUCCUUUCUACGCGAGUCGACUGGACUUGCAGACAAACAUCUGAGCGCGUCCUGUCAACAUGCCGAAGAAUAAGGGAAAGGGUGGCAAGAACCGCCGCAGGGGAAAGAACGAGAACGACAAUGAGAAGCGCGAGCUUAUCUUCAAGGAGGAAGGGCAAGAAUAUGCCCAGGUUCUGAAGAUGUUGGGCAACGGCAGACUCGAGGCCAUGUGCUUCGAUGGUGUCAAGCGUCUGGGUCUGAUCCGCGGCAAGCUCCGGAAAAAGAUUUGGAUCAACAACGGCGACAUCAUCCUCAUUUCCCUUCGCGAGUACCAAGACGAGAAGGGCGACGUUAUCCUGAAGUACUCGGCCGAUGAGGCCCGUUCUUUGAAAGCCUACGGCGAGCUGCCCGACACAGCCAAGAUCAACGAGACAGAUACCUUUGGCCCCAACGACGACGGCGACUGCGGCUUCGAGUUCGACGACGACCGCGAGAGUGAGAGUGAGGGCGAGGGUGUCAAUGCUCGUGGCGGCAAGGAGUUCUCGAUCGACGACAUCUAAAACAAAAGACGAACAUAACCCUUUUCCCCCCACCUCCCAGCGUGUCGGAAAGCCAAGCAAAGAUCAAUGCCUCACCCUUUGGGCGGGACCCACCCUUUCUGGCUCCAUACCAUGUCUCGCAUGAGGCCUGGUAUGGAGCGCGGAAAGCGAAAAAAACUGUCUUCUCUCUCAAACCUCGAUUAUGCGUUGUUGUCAUCGUGUAACCCGAGCGUUCCCCGACAGUUGGUGGGCAUUUCCGUCCUGGGCCUGUGAGAUCAGGGUGCCAAGUCAAAAAAAACAAAAGGGGACGGGCCUGGUCGUGAUGGGAGAGACGUCAUCACCGGGCCUGUCCCUUGUUGCCUUUUAGAAACGUUGAUGAGCUAGUCGUUAGUAGGGUAAUGAAGUGUCUUGCUCUUA